UUGGGGACCCUCAGUGCCUGGCAGAGGGCUGCUGGCUGUAGGAGGCAAGAGUCUGUCGGGAGCAGCUUGGCUGAGGUGGUGACUGCAGACUGCCAUCCAGGCUCACCCUGGGACAGGGCUGGCCGCCCUCCAGGAGGGCCGGUGAGCCUGUUCGUGUUGGUGAUUGAACUUCUGGUCUGACCUUGUGCAUAUGAGCUUCCAUUUUAUCUUCGUCUUCUUAGAAAGUGAUUCCCCACCUCAAGAGGGAACUCUGCAGGACCUGAGCAUAGUGAUCAUGGCUGCCGCCUCCCCUCUGAGAAACCUGGAGGAUGAGGUGCUGUGCUCCAUCUGCCUUGACUACUUGAGAGAGCCAGUGACCAUUGACUGUGGCCAUGUCUUUUGCUAUCACUGCAUCAUUAAGGUCUGUGAAUCUUCUAGGCAGCCAUUAUAUUGUUCUCUCUGCAAGACAGCUUUUAAGAAAGAGAAUAUCCGCCAUGUAUGGCAGAUGGCCAGUUUGGUGGAGAACAUCUGGAGGAUGAAAGUAGAUGAGGAGAGACAACCCAGAGAGGAAAGAUCACCUGAGCAAAGGGCAGAGAAGCUGUGUGGGCGACAUCUGGAGAAGCUGCAUUACUACUGCAAAGAUGACCAGCAGAUUCUGUGUGUGAUGUGUCGGGAGUCUCGGGAGCACAGGCACCAUGCUGCUGUUCUUCUGGAGAAGGCUGCACAGCCUUAUCGGGGUAAAAUUCUAAAUCAUCUGAAGAUUCUGAAGGGAGACAGGGAUAGAAUUCAGAAUUUUCAGUCUACAGGAGAAGAUGAGAUUCAGGCCCUGCUCACAAAAUUCCAGGGCCACAGGCAAGAUAUUGUAACAGUGUUUGAACAGGGCCAUCAGUUCUUGAGAGAAAGGGAACAGUUCCUGUUGGACUUGCUGAUGGGGAUGGAGCAAGAGCUCACAGAAGGGAGGAGCAGCCAUAUAACUAAAGGCUCAGAGGAGGUGGUCCGGCUUGGGACUCUGAUUUCUGAAUUAGAGAAGAAGGUUCGGCAGCCAGCACUGGAACUUUUGCAGGACCCCAGUGACAUAAUAAACAGGUAUCCCCGGAAGAAGUUCUGGAUUGAAAAGCCCAUCAGUCCUGCAAUCAAAAAGCGAGCGGAAGAAUUUUCUGAUAAAAUUCUUUCUUUAGAGAAAGGCCUGAGAGGAUUCCAUGGAAAAUUGUUGAGGGAUCUGGAAUAUAAAACAAUGAGGAUCGUCCUGAAUUCUCAGACAGCCAAUGGCUACCUCUCAGUGUCUCCAAAUGGGAAAAGUAUGAUAUUCACUGGUUUGUGGAUGAACAAAUACCAACAUGGUCAGCGAUUCGAUCCUGAGCCUGGUGUGCUGGGCAGUAAGGGCUUCACCUGGGGCAAAGUGUACUGGGAAGUGAAAGUGGAUAGGAUCUGGUGGGGAGCAGAGGAGGAAGAAGAAGCAAUGAAAUACAGAGGUGGAGCCAGAGAUGUGUUUGGCAGUAGCUAUCUUGGUGGGUUCAUAGGAAUCACUGAUGGAUAUAGUUCUCCUGGAUACAGAAAUGAGAGCGAAGAGUUGGAGGAAGAAUGGUCUCAGGAAAAUGGAAUAUGGCCAAAAUUCUGCUUGUUGGGGGUGGCAAGAGAGUCAGUGGUGAGAAGAGGGUUCCUGGCCUUCACCCCUGAGGAGGGAUUCUGGACUCUACAGCUAUCUUCAGCAGGGGUCUCUAUAUGUACAAACUCUGAACCUUUCCAGAUACUGUCCUACUGUCCAAGGCAGAUUGGCAUUGCCUUGGAUUAUGAUGGAGGGAAGGUCACCUUUACAAAUGCUAGAACCCAAGAGUUUAUCUAUGAAUUCUCAUCUUCCUUUACUGGGAGAAUUUUUCCUUUUUUGUGGCUUAAUUGCAUGAGAUCUAGACUUACACUGAGACCCUGAGAGAAAAUCUCUUGGGCACAGUCCUUGGUUUUUUCAUUUAUCUCUUUUUCCUCUACAUCAUUCCCAAUUUUCUACUUUGGCUAGACCUGCUGGAUUUCUGAAUCCCUUAGGUGACUGAAACAGUAUGGUAGCCUCAGGAGUGUUCUGCCCUCUCUACUUUGUUUCUAAAAUGGAACUGAUAAUACUUGAUCUGCAGUGCAAAGAUUAUAAUUGCUUUAAAGUAUUUAUUAAAGUGUAUGCUAUUAUUAAUCAUUUCUUCCAUUGUCUUUGAUUUUGUCCUUGUCUUUGUCUGCCACCGAGACAAAUGUAUGGGACAAAUGCCUGGGUCAUGGAAUUGCAACCUUUACUAUUAAUGCUAAUUAAUUACAACAUCCAUAUGGAUUUCUCAA